UUAAAAAUAUAUCUUCGUCAGAAUACUUUAUGUUUAGUCAAAAUUUAAUUGUUCUCUUUUUUUCGUUAAUUAAUUUAUUCAACUAACCUUUUUAUCCUUCCCUUUACCAUUUUUUGUAUAAUCUUUCAUCUCUUCUUCCCUGUUCAAUUCUCAUCUUCAUCAUAUCUCAUACCUUCUUGCUGUUAAAUUCAUUUGUACAGAUUUACGUAGAAUUUAAACAGCAACUAAUUUCACCUUUUUAUUACAUUUCAUAUUACUAUAAAUAAGUGUAAAUAUAUACAUAUUUAUAAAAAAAGUCAUUAUAUUUUUGUUUUCACUAAGCCAAUUUUUGUACAGUCAAAUUCACUAUGUCCUGUUGGGAUAAAAGGAAAAUAGCCAAUGGUCUAUCAAAAGAUUCCAGUGAAAUCAAUCCUGCCACUAAAGAUGAUAAAAAAGGAGUUAAUGGAACAAUUUUAAUCAACAAAACUGGAGAGGAAGAUGGAGACGGAGAUGGAGGUGGAAGGAACAGGUCGGAAAAUGGAGAUUUUGGCGAAGUAUCCUUUGGAGAGAUUAUGAAUGAACAAUAUGUAUCUUAUUUGAUGGAAAAGGAGGGAUUACCAGGUGAAAAGGUGGAUUUAUCACCUGAUAUCGUUGAGAAGCAAGUUAAUGGUGGUGAUAUAUUGGUUCCAAUGGAAUCGCUCGAUUUAUGUGCUUUACCAAUUCCUGCAGAUGAAGAAUCUACUGACAAUGAUCUGCUUUUGGCUCAAUUGCUGCAAGAAGAGUUUGACAAAGAGUUCAAUGAUCACCUUGAAAGCCAGGGGAAAGAUUUGACCACCAAGUCCGAAAGUGUUGCUGUUGCAUUUUGCCCUUCCCGUCGUGUUCCCAACGAUUCAACAAGUGAAUCAGAAGCAGAUGAUGCAACUCCAGGGGCUGAUGACAAAUAUCGUGAUUGGGAUUCAUUUGAAAGUGCUGAAAAAGGCUCUGCUGCUGUAACACUUGGACGUAAAGGUUUUGCCAAAAAUGCUGAAGGAUCUUAUACCACUAAGCAUGACCCAACAGUUUGUGGUCGAAGAAAUGCGUGCCGUGUUAUGGAUUUUGAUGUUGCUGUUAAAACUGGAGAUGGUGGUGGCUUUGAUAUGAAAUUGAACAAUAAUGUAUUCAACGCUCUCAAGGUUCACUCAAAGAAAGAGAGUAAACGUGCAGCACGACUUCGACAGGCUAAAGAAAAAUCUACAGUUGAACAUGUAAUGGACGAAAAAACUCGACUUCUCCUGUAUAAGUUGGUCAAUCGGGGUAUCUUGGAUGAAGUUAACGGUACGAUAUCAACUGGAAAAGAAUCACAUGUUUACCACGGUAUUGGUGGUGAUCCUGAGAAACAAAUUACUUGCGGGGAAGUUGCCAUUAAAGUUUACAAGACAACUUUAAAUGAAUUUAAAAAUCGUGAAGCUUAUAUCAGAGAUGAUCAUCGAUUUAAGGAUAAAUUUUCUCGUCAAAAUCCUCGAAAAACAAUUCAUUUAUGGGCAGAAAAAGAGAUGCACAAUUUAAUGAGAAUAAAAAGAGCUGGUAUUCCUUGUCCAGAAGUUGUUAUGCUUAAAGAUCAUAUUCUUGUUAUGAAAUUCAUUGGAAUGGGUGGUAAACAUGCUCCAUCUUUAAAAGAUGCUAAACUAUCGCUUUCUCAGUUGACUCAAGCUUACAAUGAUGUUGUUCAGAUUAUGAAAAAGAUGUAUGGUAAAUGUGAAUUGAUACAUGGUGAUCUAAGUGAAUAUAAUUUACUUUGGUAUCUUAACAAAGUCUGGGUUAUCGAUGUUAGUCAAUCUGUUCUAACAAAUCACCCUUUUUCACUUCAUUUUCUCUCUCGAGACUGUCUCAACAUUACCAAGUUUUUUGAAAAAUGUGGCCUCCAAGAGAUGAAAUCAAGUGGUGAACUUUUCUAUGAAAUAACUGGAAAGGAACUAGAGGGAGAUGAUUUAGGAGAUAUUGAUCACCUAGCCAAUAUAUUAGACUAUGAACGUGAUGUGGAAGUGUUGACUUACGGAGUAAAUACAGAGGUGGAUAAUUUCAACGAACUGUUUGAAAGAAGUGUUCUUGAAAGGGAAAAUAUGGCUAACGGGAAAUCUAUUCAACCUAAACAGAGCGUAAGCUCAACUCCUUGUUCAUCAUCAUCAGCUUCAAGGAAAAAAAGACCAUCACAUUGAAGAAUAUUUAAAUUAAAAGCAAGUGAGGAAAAAAAUGAUAAAAAUCAUCGAGGUACCACUCAAUACCAUUGAAUCUGAAUCCAUUAAGUUGGGUUAUCAAUGUAAUCACACAAACAAAAAAUUACCAAAAAAAUUCCCUCUAUUCAUGGUGACAAGAAUAUAGUUGUAAGUUUUUUGAACUGGAAAGUUUAAAUUAACAUCCGAUAGAAUUGAAAUCAAAUGAUUGUGAGCAACAAUCGGUCAAACUUGCUAGUUUGUCUUUCUAUUGGAAAACUUGACUAGCUAAAUAAAAAUGUCAGCCUAAUUCAGGUGACAAAUGCAAUUGUUGUAAACUAA